AUGUCAUCAACAACUAAAGACGAUACUUCAGAGAGCUCUCCUCCUCAAAAUAAAUUAGCAAUAGCACAGAAAAAACUAAAGGUGCUUAAAAAUGCACUAAAAUCUGAAAGAGAGGAAAGAAAAAAUGUAGAGAGUCAGCUUGAAGCGGUCAUCAAAAGUAUGGAACAACUAAAGAAUGUGAUUUCAGAGAAGGAAAAUAAAUUCUUGUAACUUUAUCAAGAAAAUGCAAAUCUUUAAGAAGCUCUUCUCAGAGAGACAAAAGGUACGACUUCUACAGUUAAGAAACAGCCUUUAGCUAAACCACCACUUUUUGUUGGUAACAACUCUUAAAAAGGUAAAUCUGAAACCUCUUCAUCUGCAUCAAGCGACAUUGUCAAUCUAUAAUAAUCAGAAGCAAUGGAAUUAUUACAGUAGAAAUGUAAAGGUUACGAAGAACAGCUUCUAAAAAAUGAUGAGCUAUUUAAGUAAUAAAACUACUAAAUAGAGCAGUCAAAGAUUGAGAUACAUAAUCUGCAAUAGUUGUUUGAGCAGAGAUUGCAGGAGAUCAACGAGGAAAGAAACCAUUUCGAAUAAGAGCUAAAAGUUAAAGAAAAAGAAUGGAAUUUCAAGUUCCAAGAGAAAGAUGCUGAAAUCAAAAAGCUGAACUAAGAGUUUGAGAAAAAAAUUACAGCAAUCUAAGAGGAUAAUUAGCAAACAUUAGCAUAACUAAACUUAGAAUUAGAUAAAAAUCUUAGGACAGGGGAAUUCAUAGAUAGUCUAAACGAGAAAAUAGCUACGCUAGAAAAGGAACUACAAAGAGGUGAAGAUGAAAUCAAAUUGAGAAAAGAGGUAAUAGAUUCAAUGUCAAACAGUCUUAUGAAACACGAGAGAGAAAGUGGAGAAUUAGCAUAGAAACUAUCAAUGAUGAAAAAUUAAAUUUUGGAACAACAAGUUGGGUCAGGAAUCGGAAAGAAAUUCGCUGCUGUCAAAUUAGGAAGGCUAAAUAAAAAAACAGUAUCUUUCGAAUUUGUUGAGGAUAAAACUGAUGAUUUUUACCUGAUUAUCGAUAGUAAGACUUCUGAGAUUUCUGUAAAUUUUGACAAUAUUGAUGAAGUUUAAGAAACGAAGGAUGGCAAACUAAAUAUUUUAUACUUUAUACCGGGUGAUUCAGGAAACAUGCUAAAGCGAAACGAGAAUUAUGAGUGUUUUGAGAUCGAGGAAUUUCUUAAAGUCUAUACUAACAUCAAAGCCUCAUUAAUUCUUAAAAAUUAGCACAAGAUUUAAAAGCAAAAUACAUUUAAUCCUCAAACUAAGCCUCUUACACCAUCGAUGAGCAAAAAUACAAGAAAAUUCUUUUGA